AAGCACGGGUGGAUCUGGAAGGAGCCUGCGUGAGUGGGAUCCAAAGUGCGGUGGCAGGACAGAAUGCUUUGACCGUCAAGCUGUUUUAAAUCUAGUAGAUUAAGCCAGAUCCUGCAUUGCCAUAAGUCCUUGGCCCACAUUUAAGUAGGAAUGCAGCUAGCUUGAAUGUCUGGAACUUUUUAAUCUCCUGUCUCUGGAUUCCUGGUUGCCAGCCUAAGGCCUGCUGUGGUCAUUCAGGAGCAGGUCAUCAGUGCAGCAUAACCACGUAGCCAAAAUGUUUGCAAAACUAAAGAAGAAAAUUGCAGAAGAGACUGCUGUCUCCCAGAGGCCGGGAGGCGCCCCUCGGAUCCCAAGGUCGGUGAGCAAGGAGUCUGUUGCCUCCAUGGGAGCUGACUCAGGAGACGACUUUGCUUCUGAUGGAAGCAGCUCCAGAGAAGAUCUCUCAUCCCAGCUUUUGAGACGGAAUGAGCAGAUACGGAAAUUAGAGGCCAGACUUUCUGACUAUGCUGAGCAGGUCCGAAACUUGCAGAAGAUAAAAGAGAAGCUUGAAAUUGCGUUAGAAAAACACCAGGAUUCUUCCAUGCGGAAAUUUCAAGAGCAGAAUGAGACAUUCCAAGCCAACAGAGCCAAAAUGGCAGAAGGACUGGCUUUGGCAUUAGCCAGAAAGGACCAGGAAUGGUCAGAGAAGAUGGACCAACUUGAAAAGGAGAAAAGGUUCCUGACAGCUCAGUUACAGGAAAUGAAGACCCAAAGUCUGAAUCUUUUCCAAAGGAGAGACGAAAUGGAUGAACUCGAGGGGUUCCAGCAGCAGGAACUGAGUAAAGUAAAGCACAUGCUUUUAAAAAAAGAAGAAAGUCUGGGGAAAAUGGAGCAAGAGUUGGAGGACAGAACCAGAGAGCUCAGUCGCACCCAGCAGGAGUUGAUGGCCUCCAGUCAGAUGUCUCUGGACUUACGCCAGAAGCUGGAGGAGUUGCAGAGACACUGCUCAACGCUGGAAGAGCAGAGAGAUCAUGUGACAGCUUCAAAAACAGGUGCAGAAAAUAAGAUCACAGCCCUGGAGCAAAGGGAACAAGAGCUGCAAGCAUUGACCCAGCAGCUUUCUGCUGAUUUGCAAAAGGUUACUGCUGAAACUCAAGAGAAAGAAAAACUCAUCACACAUUUGCAAGAGAAGGUUAUGUCCUUGGAGAAGCGGCUGGAGCAGAACUUCUCAGGGGAAGAGCAUGUGCAGGAGCUGCUGAGAGAGAAAGCAGUGGCAGAGCAAAAUCUGGAGGAUACCAGACAGCAGCUCUUAGCAGCCAGAAACAGCCAGGCCAAGACCAUAGGCCUCCUGGAGACUCGGGUGAAGGAACUUGAGCAGAGCCUGCAGGCAUCUGAGGAUAAGCUGAGGCAGAGCAGUGAUGUCACAGCAGCUCAAGAGACACAGAUUCAGGAGCUCGUGGCCGCCAGCCAGGAGCGCAGCCUUGCCCAGCAGCAGGCGCGGGCUCUGGAGCAGCAGUGCUCCCAGCGCACGCGGGAGCUGGAGGCCCAGCUCGAGGCCCUGGAGAGGGAGCGGGCGGCCGAGCUGUCUGCCGUGGAGCAGGGGAAGAGAGAGCUGGAGCAAGAAAAUGCCGCCCUUCGAGAAAGUAAGAGUGAAUGCGAACGUUCCUUACAACACCACCAACUUGAGCUAAAGAAGCUAAAGGAAGAAUGGAGCCAAAGAGAAAUCGUGAGUGUGGCAGUGGCGCAGGCCCUGGAGGAGGUGCGGAAGCAGAGGGAGGAGUUCCAGCAGCAGGCUGCUAACUUGACAGCUAUAAUCGAUAAGAAGGAGCAGAAUCUGCAGGAAAAGACUGAAGCGAUUCUCCAGAAAGAGCAGGAGAUUCUCCACCUGAAGAAAGGUCAUGAGUCUGCCCUCCUGCAGACGCACCAGCUGCAGGCUGAGCUCGAGGCCCUGAGGAGUCUGCAGGCGGAGGAGCCGGAGGCUGCGGGCGCCCCGGAGGCCCUGCUGAGGCUGCCGGGUCGGGAGCAGGGGGUGGUGCCUCACGACCCGGGGUGCCAGCUUCCCACCCCAGAGGGCAUCCCAAACGGUGACAUUGGCGCCUUGGACCUGGAGCAGCUGCAGAAGGAAAAACAGGAUUUGGAGCAGCAACUUCUGGAGAAGAACAAGACCAUAAAGCAGAUGCAGCAGAGGAUGCUGGAACUAAAAAAAACCUUACAGAAGGAAUUGAAAAUCAGACCCGAUAACGAGCUUUUUGAAGUCCGAGAGAAGCCUGGCGCUGAACUGGCAAACCCGGCCCCUUCUGUCACAAACACCGCUGACCUGACUGAUGCCCGAGAGAUUAACUUCGAGUACCUUAAACACGUGGUUUUGAAAUUCAUGUCCUGUCGUGAAUCCGAGGCUUUUCAUCUGAUAAAAGCGGUGUCAGUGCUGCUCAACUUCUCACAGGAGGAAGAGAAUAUGCUCAAAGAGACGCUGGAGUAUAAGAUGUCGUGGUUCGGGUCCAAGCCGGCUCCCAAGGGCAGCAUCCGGCCGUCCAUCUCCAACCCUCGGAUACCGUGGUCCUAGAGAGGGCCACCCCAGGAUGGAGGGGCUGACACUUUUUCUGUGAAAAGAACACUGACACACCGGUCUGGGUGGGUUUUUAAUCACUGUAACUGCAGUAUUUUGUACAAGCGUCUAAACAUUGUUUACAAGACUCACGGCCACUCCCUGCAGACUGCUCUGGCCCUCAGAGGGAGCCGACCCCCAGUCGCCCUGGCCACCUGUGGGAGGGCACUGCACUACAUUUCCAGUGCUGGCCAGCACCCACCUGCACCCCAGUUCUUGUUCACGUCAGCACUUAGAGCGGAAGCAUCAGCGUCUGUCAGAGGCCGCCGGAGACCCACGGCAGCUGGCGGUGGCCUCUCAGCCAAGGACGACACAGCUCUCUGAGGUGGUGCCAGCCAGCCACACCCCCUGCUUCUGCCCAGACAGUUAACUCAGUGGGGUGCCUUUUAGAAAAAACCCCUUCUCUGGCAGCAUGUUUGGGUUCAGGCGAGCUCCAGGAGGUGGUCAACCCUUCCUCUCGAGAAAGCAGUUUCUAGGUCGUUUCUCAGACCUAGAGCUCUAGCUGUGGACGUCUUUAAAGGUACUCUGGGGCCGGUGUGGACUGAGGAAUACGCAGCUUGCUGAAGAAAAGCAGCAGACGUAUUAAGAGAUCCUGAGUAUAGCACCAAAUACACUCAGUUGCCUUCUAAUGAAUGUACGUGUCUCGGAUAGGUUGCUGGUAAACCAUCAAACUAUUUUUAUAGCUGAAGUUGUUGACUAUGAUAAACAUGACUUACAAAAUCCACUCAGCUGAUGUUCUCUAAGGCAAGUCAGAGCAUCAAGAGGAAGCUGUUUCUGAGUCUGGGACUCCCAGCCCUCUGGCACCUGGCUGGCCUCGUGGCCUGGCCUGCAGCGGCAGCAGCGGAUUCCAUCUGCUUUGCUCUCGGAUUCUCAGCACUGACCCGCUUCCUGCUGAGGACCGGCCACUGUCUCGAGGGAGACGUCCGGUCUGCCCUUGUGGGGUCCCCCCUCCCUGUCCUUCUGCCCAGAGGCCCUGUCACUGGCACAUGUCGACAGCUCCUCGCUGCAGUGCUGUUGUGCAGAGGGCUCCAGCAGGGCGGCGCCGCGCUCGCUUGGCUGUCAGGGAAGCGGGGCCAGGCUCGCCCUGGGUAAGUGACCACGUCAGGUCCUUUUACUCAGCGUGACACAAGUUUCAUUGGCUAAGCUCAAAACCAGUAACUGGAGCUCCUAAAUCAUCAGCCAGCCUGUGAUGGAAACUUGCCUCUCAGUUCUGCUUAGGGUUAAAACAGAGUUUAUCUCACAGAAAAGCAAGGAUUUGUAGCAUUAACCUGCAGCUCCACGGACCUACCAGCAGGGGCGGCACCACCGUGGUCCCAGCCCUGGCUCUGCCACAUGCCACCUCCUCUCCAGUCACCUACCUCCUCCCAGGGCCCUCGCUGCCGCUGGCUUGUUAAGAACACGGUUUCCCAUUUACCUGCUGGGGACAGAACCAGAAGUCCCUUCCCUUCUGUGAUUUGGUCAGAGUUAGCUUUUUUAAAAUUAUAGUUCCUUGCCAGCUGUUUCAGGAGAAAACCCCCUUAGAGACGGGAACUCAGGGCUUGCCAGAGUAGCUGCACUACUGUGGGAGCCCCAUCAACGCCGCUGUGGCUUCUGCAGCCCCCAAGCUGGCCUCACGCACUCCCCACACCCCCUGGCAGUUCCAGCACAGUUUAGGGGGCCCAUCACCAAGCCCAUUUUUGCUUUGGGAGGAUGAGUUCUGAUUUGGCUUGCCUCCUGCAUGUGGAAUUCAGCUUUAAGAGGAAGAGUGGAGUAAAUAUUCUAAGUGAUUUGAUGCACUUUUACUUGUAUAAGAUGUCCUGUGAUACAGUAUAUAUAGCCCUUUAUAUCAACAUUAGACCUUGACUGCUCCCUCCAUGCUGUAAAUAGGGAUUAUAUUAUCUAAAACUGCUGUAGAGAAUUCAUUUGUGGUGCAAUAUACUUUUUGAUUAAAGCUCUUCA